GAUUGGUUGCCGGCUUCUCGCCGCGGUUGUUUUGAACAUGGAGGAAAGUGAGAGAGAGGCAGCGGGGGAGAGCGGCUCGGUUCCCGGGGAGCGGCCUGAGCCGGAGCCGGGGCCUGAGUCAGGGCCUGAGCCGGACCCGGAGCCGGGGGACAGUGAGGGGGAUCUGGAUCAGAAACUGGACGUCAGUUCGGACCAGUUCGACCCGCUGCUCGCUCUGUACUCCCCGCAGGUCCCGCUGCCCUUCCCCAACAUCCGGGCCUUUAAUAACCUGGCGGAGUACGAGAGCUUCAUUAAGGGCGGCCGCGGGCGCGCUAAGCCCGGCAGCGCGGAGCAGAAGCUCCGCAAGGCGCGGAGAGGAGCCGGGCCGGCGGACCCGGAGCGGCUGGAGCGGCUGCGGCGGCUGAUGGUGCAGAACCCGGUGGAAGAGGGAGAGCAGAGCCGCGGGAGGCAGAGGAAACAGAGAGCCCGCAAAAAUGUGCUCACCAGGAUGCCCCUGCAUGAAGGAAGUCCUUUAGGAGAACUGAACCGCUGUGUCCAGGAGAGAAUCAGAGUUAAGGUUCACAUUCGGUCCUUUAAGGGUCUUCGUGGAGUGUGCUCUGGUUUUGUGGUGGCCUUCGACAAGUUCUGGAACCUGGCGAUGGUGGAUGUAGAUGAGACGUACAGGGAGCCGUUACUCGGAGAGGCUUUCUAUCAUGAGAAGGCUCUGACUGUUACACGGCUCUUUCAGAAGCUACAACUCCAGGAAAGCAAGCCAUCAACCGCAACUACCUCUAAACCAGCUGACCCGAGCGGCGAGACCCACCACAGCAGUAAAGGCAGUACGUCGAGGAGCCGAGGAACCAGACAGGAGCGUGUGAAGGGUGUAGCGGACCCUCGGACAGCAGCUCGUCAUGCACGAGAUGCUGCUUCAGAACAGAGACCCAAAGUGCCCAAGCCGAAAGUGGAGUACGGAAGAGUGUGCACACGCCACGUCAAUCAGCUGUUCAUCCGGGGAGAGAACGUCCUGCUAGUGAACGUCCAGCGAGAGUGAUUCAGGACAGUUUUCACACUUGAAAGUCCGGACCAAGUGUGAACCAAGGUUCGUGCGUUUGUUACAAUGUAUUCUGUACAUUUAGUACGUUUAGUUUCGGUUUCACACUGCAGUUUAGUGAUUGAGCGCACUAAAGCACUAAAUUCUGCCUCCCUGUCAGAAUCUGAUUCUUCUCUUUGAGUAAAGUAGCGUCCCUCAGCAGAAUGAGUGUAACAGAUUCCCCUCGGAUUCUUUCUUUUAUUUCUGUUUAUAAAUUAGGGUUAAUCUACAAUUACAGUAGAUACAGAAUCAUCAGCAUUGUAUUCUGUUUUACUCAUACUGCUGCGUGAUGCCCCUGACAAACAGGGGGAGCCGGAUUCGGCACAACACCUUUUCUUUUACUUCUUCUUCUGUUGUUUAACGUGUGACACUAGCCAGACUCAUCUUCCUGUAAUUGGUCUAAAAGUCUAAAUCAUUGAAAACCGCGGACCACAGUUCACGUCUUUCGGACUAAGACUAUGGGAAAGCAUUGUGAUUGUAUCAUAUUGAUAUGAAUUGAGUCCUGCUUAUGGAGGUGGGAAAAAUAAAAUAUAAUAUGAGAUCCUCA